AGUAAUGAUUAUGCGCAUGCGCCAGAUUCAACUUCCUGUCAGAAGAAGGAAGCGAGGAGGAGGGCGUAAAAAAUUGUUGUCCCACCCUUUUUAUUUAGUUUUUUAACUGAAUUAUUGUAUGCUGUCAUCUAGGAUUGUACAAGAUGGCGUUUAUGAGAAAGAGUAAAUUCCGUCACGUGUUUGGCAAACCUUUGAAAAAAGACGAUGGGUAUGACAACAUUCGAAUCACUAAAAAUAGCUGGGAUUCUCCUUUUUGUUCAGUUAAUCCAAAAUACAUCGCAAUCAUCACAGAAUCAGCUGGUGGCGGCUCAUUCAUGGUACUGCCGCUAAAACAGACUGGCCGUGUGGAGAUGAACCAGCCAGUAGUGGACGGACAUAAGGGCCCAGUACUGGACAUAGCGUUUUGUCCACACAAUGAUGAUGUCAUAGCCAGCUGUUCUGAGGACUGUACAGUCAAGGUGUGGGCGAUCCCCGAGGGUGGACUCACUCGUAACCUCACGGAGCCCGUUGUUGAGCUCAUCUCUCACAUCAAACGAGCCUGCAUUGUAAAAUGGCAUCCCUCUGCUCAAAACAUUCUUCUGAGUGCUGGUGCUGAUUCAAAGAUAUGUAUUUGGAAUGUAGGAACUGGUGAACUUUAUGUAGAAAUAAACCUUCCUGAUCUAAUCUAUUCAGCCAGCUUUAGCUAUAAUGGAGAUAAAUUUGUCUGUACCUGUAAGGAUAAGAUUCUUAGAGUCAUGGAUUCACGCACAGGAAAAGUAAUUAAGGAAACAAAUGGGCCCUGCCAUCAGGGAUCUAAGCCAGCACAAGCCCUGUUCCUCAAGCAUGACAAAGUCUUCACCACAGGAUUCUCCAGGAUGAGUGAGAGACAGUAUGCAUUGUGGGAUGCGAAAACCCUGGAACAAGAGAGCAUGGAUGAGAUAGACCAGGCCAAUGGAGUGUUAAUGCCAGUGUAUGACUGUGAUGUAGAGAUGAUCUACCUCAUAGGCAAGGGAGACAGUAUUAUCCGGUACUAUGAAAUCACAGACGAGGCCCCCUACGUCCACUACUUAUCACUAUACCAAUCAAAGGACCCCACCCGAGGGUUUGGUGUCAUGUGUAAGAGAGGCCUAAACAUCAAUAAUUGUGAAAUCAUGAGGAUUUACAAAUUGCUGAACACUGGACAAGUAGAAGUUAUUCCAUUCACAGUUCCAAGAAAAUCUGAGCUCUUCCAAGAUGAUAUUUACCCUGACACAGCUAGUGAUCAGCCAGCAAUCAGUGGAGAGGACUGGUUUAGAGGUGCUAGUGCAGACCCAGUACUGGUUUCUUUGAAAGAUAUGUUUGCAUCAGAAAUGAAGGAACCUGCUAAAGUUGUUGUCAAAUCAAAUAUUUUGGAUAAAAAAGUGCCAGCCACCCCCUCCCGGAGGUCGGCCGAUGUGGCCCCCACACAGCCCAAGGUGGCCUCCACACCUGCAGCCCGCCCCGCCUCUGAAGCGGCACCUGCUGCAGCGGGGGCUGGAGUAGAACUACCUCCUGGUGUGAGUAUACAAGCCUUGUUGGAUGAAGUGAAACAAUUAAAGAAAACCGUCAAAGAUCAAGACAAGAAACUCAAGGACUGCGAGGAACGGUUGUCUGCCCUUGAAAAACGCAAUAUGGAGGACGAAGUCGCAGAUAAGGAUUAAACAAAUGAAGAAAAUAAAACAGAUGCACCAGAACUCCAUAUCUCUGAUUUUUUUUUUUUUAGGAAUAGCCAAAUCAUAAGCAAUAAAUAGGCAGUGAUCUUUGAAUGAAUGUUGCCAUAAAAACGAUAAAAUUGUCAUCACCAAUACUCAUUAUCAUUUAAUUUAUGUAUUUGUACAUGUUCUUUAUGUACCUGACCAGUCCGAAUUUACGGUUCAUUUUGUCUCUAAUUUUUUUGUUUCCCUUCCUCAACAAAUACAAACUUUCGGAUGUUCUAAAACUUCUUAUAUUAUUUUGUGUUAUUGUUCAAAUGUUUGUCUUUUAAUGUUUUUAACCCCCUAAAAAGGAUUGUUUAUUUUUUUCAUCUUUCAGUAUUUCAGAAUAAUGUAUUUGUUUUUUUUAUUUCUGUAAAUCUGUUAACUACAUUUUUCGUAAUUUGAAAUCCAGUGUAAUAAUAGGAUUCACAGAUAUUGUAUCAAUAGUCAGUACUUACCUAUAAGAGUUCUCAUUUGAUUUUUUUAACAGUUUGAUGUUCUAUAUAUGACAGAGAAUUUUUUUUAUAAAGACAGAAAACAUUUAUUGGAUUGAAGGAUUGGAUUAACAUCAGUGCAUGCAAUUUCCAAUACUUUUUUUGAGCAUCUGUAUGCAGAAUUUUAUCAAUAUAGCUGUUGUAUUAAAAGGCAGCAAAUAAGCUAGGAAAUUUUAUACCUAAAGUUGAUACUCUGGAAUAGGAAAAAAAAGUAAAUAUACAGUAUUAACAUUUAUGGUACAUCAGUUUAUUGGUUAAUUUUCUUUAUAAUGCUCUGUAGAAAUAUGUUGGCAGGCAUACAUGAGAGAAUUUUUUUUUGACCUUAUGUAAACUAUUUUGUUUGGCUAAAAUUAUUAGUUUUUUGUGAAGUGCUGGGCAUGGCUGCUUUUUGUUUUUGUGCAGGUUUACGAAGUGCUGCAAAUGAAAUUGACUUUCCCAAACUAUCUUCCUUUGUAAAUAGAUGGCUUAUGUGAAGAUUUUUUUCUUUCACAUUCCAGGAGUAAAUCAUGAAGGGGGGUGUUGUCACUGAAGGAGAUAGCUAAUGAAAGAAUUUCUGACAUUUUAGGGUAGAAAAGCUCAAACUGCCAAAUCCCAAAUUAUUUAAAGCAUGACUUAUUCUUGUAUGUAUUGCCUAACAUUUUGUAUUUUAGUAAUUAUUUUUAAUGGGACAAUAAGCCUCUUUUUGAUUUUGCUUUGAAAUGGUCUUCACAGUGGUGUGUAUGGCUGUUUGACAUAGCUACAUCUAGUUGACAAUGGGUCCCACUCUCUUGCAUUCCACGUUAUUGUGUAUAAAUGUGUGCUUUCUGUGUUGUUCUCAUCCUAAUUCAUUGCUACUUAUA